AUGGCAUGGUUGAAGCAUGCCGUAGAAACAGAAGUAUUUCUAUCAGAAAAAAAGAGUUUAAUUAAUAAACAGGCAACAAUGUCCUAUGAUGGUAAUUUCAAUACAUUUGAUGAAGAUCCAGCCGCUGAAUUUCUCGAAAGAGAAAACCGUGAACUAGCUGGUAUAAAUGAUGAUAAUUAUUUCAGAAACGGAUCUCAUUCACCAGUGUAUGGCAACGCUUCACCGUUGUCUCAUACAAGUGCCCGUUCAGAGACGCCAUCAGCAUCGACGAUGGGUAGUCCGGGUAAGUACACAGUACUAUCUCACUUGGAUGAACAACAAAAUGAACCGGAAAAAAUGAAAAAAUGGCGCGAAGAAUUUCAACAUAGAAUUGUUAAAAAAGAUUCGGAAGAAGAAACAAAGAAAAAAGAAAUGAAAGAACAAGCCAAAAAAGAAUUGGAUGAUUGGUAUAAAAAUCGUUUAGAACAAAUGGAACGUGUUAAAAAUCAAAAUCGAAUGAAUAAUCGAACAAUGGAGGAUGAUUUAUUUCAUGAUGAUAAUACUUCAUCAUCAAGAAUGGCAAAUGGUAAUAACAAUAGUACACGUAUCAAUGAUUGGGAUAAAAUAACAUCUUUAUGCGAAUUUAAUCCAAAAAAUACGCGUUCGCAAAAAGAUCUUAGUCGUUAUCGAUCAUUAUUAUUACAAUUAAAACAGACACCAGUUGAUAAAUAA